AUGUCUGAACUCAAUUCCUACUUUGAAGAAACACCUCCUAUUUCAUGGUCGUUUUCUGGUUUUCUGCUGGCAGUGAAGGCUUUCUGGUCUACCAUUAAUCUAUCUGAUGAUUUACUCACGAUCAUGAAGAAGAGAUAUAUAGCGUUACUAAAAAAUAUUCAAGAUAAAGAUAAAGAUGAAGAGCGACGAAACAUGGCAAUUUUUCUCAUACAACAGGAAAAUUCGCCUUCGGUGAAGGAGCUCAUGGAAUUAGUUAAACUUGAUGAAAAAUUAUCACUCAAAAAGACGGCAUCCAAGUGCAAAAGUCAAAUUACAACAUUGAAUGUGUUUGAUGCAGCAUACAAACAACAAACCAAUGGUCUUCUCGAUGAACUUGAUGUGGAACCAGUUAAAAAGUUACAUAUUAUGACUGAAAGCAUUAAUAAAAAGAAUGAUGAUGAAGGUAUAGUAGUUAAUGAAUAUUUUACAGAACAUUUUUCUCAUUUUAAUAAUAAUAAUUUUUAUGAAGAGGAUGACGACUAUGCUGAUGAAAACAAUUAUAAAAUUGGAAGAGCAAUCAAUGAAAUGAAACAGAAGUUUAAAUCAAAUUAUCUAAAGAUGUGUUCUGAUAAGAAAUGGAAAUUACCUUCAAAUAAGUAUGUAGAAGACAUAUUGUAUGAAUACGCUAAGGAUUUACCAUAUGAAAG